AUGACCGACAUUAACGUCUCAGAAGUUGAAUCUCAAGAUCUGAGCCAUCUGCGGAUUCCCGCCAAGUACAAAUGGACUGCACUCUUUCUCGUCAUCACCCUUCCCUUAGGACAUACCUGGACAGGCUCAGCCUUGGGUCCACUUAAGAACACUCUGCGAGAAGAACUCGGCAUUAACAACACGCAAUUUGGCGUCAUCAGCAGUGCAGACGCUUUCGUCAACACCAUCUUCCCUAUCGUUGGAGGCCUCAUCCUGGACUGGUGGGGUCCCAACAUCGUCACUUUUUGCUGCACGAGUGUAAUACUUGUCGGAUCCGUCGUCGCGGCCGUUGGUGUUCAGAUUGGACUUUGGAGACUGCUUGUUUCUGGACAUGUGCUCAUGGGCUUUGGCAUUGCAGUUUUAGACUCUGCAACACAAAAGUUCUUUUACCACUGGUUUGGCGCUUCUGGGCUUGCAUUGGCGUUCGGACUAGAGAGUGCCGUUUCUGGCACUGUCAGCCUUGUCUCUGGUAUGGUCGCCAUCCCCAUCCGAGAUCGCACAGGCUGGUACGGAUGGACCUUUUGGGUUCCAGUUUUCUUCUGUGGACUUUCUUUAGCCAUGAACAUUUCAUACGUCUGCUUCGAGCGGUUUGCGGUUCCGGCAAAGUACAGAUUAACUCCAGGCCGUGAGAUAGCGAUCACUGAGAAGCACCUUGUGACCAAGCGCAACUUCUCCUGGAAACUCUUGUUGACUUUACCCUGGGCCUACCUUAUGCUACCAGCUACCCAGUUGCUACAGAGCGGGGCAGCUGGUGGAUUCAGCACGAGCUCGGCAGAUAUCAUAUUCUUGAAGGGAUACACGGAGGAAGUGGCUGGUUAUCUCUCAACAGCACAGAGAAUCCUCCCGAUUGUUCUGAGUCCAGUCCUAGGCUUGGCUAUAGAUAAGUAUGGCCAUCGGUUUCACUACGUUGCCACAGCUCCUGUCUUGUGGAUCAUUGCUUGUUCUCUGUUGGGCUUCACAGACGUGCAUCCAACCGCAGCUCUGGUCUUCUCCAGUUUAGCGGGCGUAAUCAACUCUAUGCCAUUGCAGAUCUGCAUACCCCUCUUAGUCGCUGAUCAAGCCAAGAUCGGCACUGCCUUUGGUGUAUGGAGAGCAUUUAACAAUUCAGGCUCAACUAUUAUGGAUGUUGUCUUUGGAGUAGUACAAGAUGAUACCGAGGGAAACGGUUACUACAAGGUUCUCCUCGUUGCCAUUGGCAUUAAAGCAUGGGCCUUUGUGCUGGGUGUGUCGUACAUCAUCGUCGACUACAAACUUCUAGGGAAGGGCAUGACUAUGACAAGAGUCCAACGCGAGGCAAUAGAAGUCACGAUCGAGGAUCGCGAUACGAAUCCUUUGACUCGCCGAAGGUCGAAGUCCUGGUUCACUGCCUUGACGUUUGGCCUUUUGGUUGCUAUGGUUGCGACUGCAUGGGUGGUCUUUCUUAGAUACCUGAUCUGA